AUUCAAAUCUAUACAAACCUCCAAUUAAAUUCGGAUUCCAUCGAUCCACAACUAAACGAGAUCAACCACCAACCCAUCACCUAGCUUUAGAAGAUGGCCAUUGUCAAACGAGGUGGUCGUACCAAAAAAACAUCGGCGGCCAAUGGCGGCGGCGGCGGUUCCACGGCGGCUCCGGCUCGAAUCCAAAAGGCAGAAUUCGAUGUGACCAAGAAAAAGGAGGUUGGGGUCAGUGAUUUGACCUUGCUUUCGACCAUCAGUGAUGCGCUGAUCAACGACAAUUUGCACAAGCGGUUUCAGAAUGGGACCAUCUAUACUUAUAUCGGGCAUGUGUUGAUUUCGGUCAACCCCUUUGAAGACUUGGGAAUAUACACCAAGCAGUACUUGGACAAGUACCGAGGUAAGAACCGGUUGGAGGUACCCCCACAUGUCUUUGCUAUUGCUGAGGCCAUGUACCAUAGCUUGAAGAGUUAUGGUGAGGCCCAGUGUGUUAUUAUCUCCGGGGAGAGUGGUGCUGGGAAGACCGAAGCGGCCAAGCAAAUCAUGCAAUAUAUUGCCAACGUGUCCGCCAACACCACCACAGCCACCACCGACGGGGGCAUUGCCGCCAUCAAGGAUAUGGUGCUUGCCACCAAUCCACUUCUUGAGUCGUUUGGAUGUGCCAAGACCCUCCGUAACAACAACUCGUCACGUCACGGGAAGUACCUUGAGAUCUUUUUCUCGCCUUCGACAUUUGCUCCACAGCUGGCCCACAUCACCAACUAUCUUUUGGAGAAGCAGCGUGUGGUUUCUCAGAUCACCAACGAACGUAAUUUCCAUAUUUUCUACCAAUUCACCAAACACGCACCAAAGAAUUACCGUGAACAGUUUGGAAUCCAGGGCCCGGAAACGUAUGUUUACACGUCUGCGGCCCAAUGUAUCAACGUCGAUGGUGUGGAUGAUCAACGCGACUUGAACGACACCAUACAGGCCAUGAAGACGAUUGGAUUGUCCCAAUUUGAACAGGAUAACAUUUUCAGAAUGCUUGCCAUGAUUCUUUGGAUUGGUAACGUUUCCUUUGUCGAGAAUGAAGAGGGGAAUGCCACCGUACGCGACGAGCUGGUGACUCAAUUUGUAGCCUAUUUGAUGGAGGUUGACCAUUCCAUGUUGCAAAAGCUGUUGACGGAAAGAGUCAUGCAAACGUCCCAUGGUAUGCGUAGAGGACUGACAUACCACGUCCCCUUGAACAUUGUCCAGGCCACCAGUGUCCGAGACGCGCUUGCCAAGGGUGUUUACAACAACUUGUUCGACUGGAUUGUCGCCAGAGUCAACAAAUCCUUGGGCGGCACCUCGGGUGGGAACCAUGGGCAACCUUCCAUUGGGAUUCUUGAUAUCUAUGGGUUUGAAAUCUUUGAACAAAACUCCUUUGAACAAAUCUGUAUCAAUUAUGUCAAUGAGAAACUUCAACAGAUCUUUAUUCAGCUCACACUUAAGGCAGAACAAGAAGAAUAUGUCCAGGAGCAAAUCAAAUGGACCCCAAUUGAAUAUUUCAACAACAAGAUUGUUUGUGAUUUAAUUGAAGCCACAAGACCUCAACCAGGGUUGUUUGCUGCGCUCAAUGAUUCCAUCAAGACCGCACAUGCGGACUCGGACGCUGCAGACCAAGUGUUUGCGCAAAGAUUGUCCAUGGUGGGAGCCACCAACCGUCAUUUUGAAGACCGUAGAGGUAAGUUUAUCAUCAAGCAUUACGCCGGGGACGUCACCUACGAGGUUGGCGGAAUGACCGAUAAAAACAAGGACUCGAUGCUUAGAGACUUGUUGGAAGUUCUUUCCACCACCAAUAAUGCCUUUGUCAAGGAAUUAUUCCCUAGCGAGCUUCUUGCCGCAGUGACUGACUCGAAAAAGAGACCCGAAACUGCAUCCGACAAAAUCAAACGGUCGGCAAAUCUUCUUGUAGAUACUCUUUCCAAGUGUCAACCAUCGUACAUUCGUACCAUCAAACCGAACCAAACAAAGAGACCAAAGGACUACGACAAUGCGCAAGUGCUUCAUCAAGUUAAAUAUUUGGGGCUUAAGGAGAACGUCCGGAUUAGAAGAGCAGGCUUUGCCUACAGAACAACAUUCAACAAGUUUGUCCAAAGAUUCUACCUUCUUUCUUCGAAAACCGGGUAUGCUGGUGACUACAUUUGGCAAGGGGAUGACAUCACCGCUGUGAAGGAAAUCCUUCGUAGUUGUUUUAUUCCUGACUCAGAGUUCCAAUUGGGGACCACCAAAGUGUUUAUCAAGACUCCUGAAACUCUUUUCGCUUUGGAAGAUAUGCGUGAUAAGUAUUGGCAUAAUAUGGCUGCGCGGAUCCAGCGGGCCUGGAGAAGAUAUGUCAAGCGUAAGGAAGAUGCUGCAAAGACUAUUCAAAGGGCCUGGAGAUCAAAGACUCAUGGUAACCAAUUUGAGCAAUUGAGAGAUUAUGGUACCAAACUCUUGGGUGGUAGAAAGGAAAGAAGACGUAUGAGUAUUUUGGGAUCAAGAGCGUAUAUGGGUGACUAUCUUGGAUGUAAUUAUCCAUCUGGGUUUGGUCGGUUUGCAAUCAAUCAAGCUGGUAUUACCGAUCUUCCUGUUUACUUUUCAAGCAAGGGAGAAAUUCUUCUUUCCAAGUUUGGACGCUCAAGUAAACGUCUUCCUAGAAUUUUCGUUCUUACCAAGUCGAACUUGUAUGUUUUGGUUGAAACAGUUGUAGAAAAUAGAUUGCAAGUGGCCAAAGAAUUCACAUUCCCCGUUGGAGGCAUUUCAUACGUUGGUAUGUCACAUCUACAGGAUAACUGGUUGGCCAUUUCAGUGCACCUGCCAACUCCACAACUUCCAGAUGUUUUCAUCAAUCUUGACUUCAAGACUGAAUUGGUAACUCAUUUAAAGAAACUUAAUGCUGGUUUGACCAUCAAAAUCGGUCCUACAGUUGAGUAUCACAAGAAGCCGGGUAAGUUCCACACCAUCAAGUUUGUAGUUGGACAAGCCCCACAGUAUGGAGAUAUUUACAAAUCAGGAACUGUUACUGUUGGACAAGGGUUGCCAGGAAGUAGUGCCAAUCCUAAGAGACCAAGAGGAAAACCAAGUAAGGUUGAUUUCAGUAAAUAUAGAACUGGUAGACCUGGUAGAAUGGCUCUGGCAGUGCAAGCACAAACCGGGUAUUCCGGCCAACAAGCUUACAACUCUGCACCUGCAGCAGCACCUGCUCAAUCUCAACCACAAGACCAUGCUUAUAGGUCCAUCUCAGGCCAAUCUGUGGAUAUUGUAGCACCACCAGUGGCUAGUCCAAGCCGUAGAAAGGUUCCACCACCUGCCCCAGUAUUCCAACAACAGCAGCAGCAACCGGCACGUGCACCAGUACCAGUUGCACAACAACCUGCUGUGGUACAACCUGUACGUCAAGCUGCUAAAAAGAUUGCUCCACCUCCACCAGCGAGAAAGACAGCACCACCACCGCCUCCUCCACCUCCAGCAGCAAAGCCACUUUUCCCUACUUAUAAGGCUGCUUAUGAAUUUGUAGGAACUGGAUCUCCAUCUGAAUUACCUCUUGCAAAGGAUACAAUUGUUUACAUAACUAAACAAGAAACCAGUGAAUGGUGGUUAGCCAAACUUUUGGAUGAAAGUAAAGAAGGUUGGGUUCCGGCUGCAUACGUUGUGAAGUGUGAUCCACCUGCUGGACUUGGUGCUAAAGCCACUGCACCACCACCUCCACCACCUGCGAUCGCUUCCACCAACAAUACCGCUUCUGUUGUUACUGCUACCCCAGCUGCAAGUAAUGGUCUUGGAAAUGGAUUGGCAGACGCACUUAAGGCAAAGAAAACAGAAGAAACUACACUCGCUGGAUCAUUGGCGGAUGCACUUAAAAAGAGAGGAGUCACCAGAGACAGUGAUGAAGAAGAAGAUGAUGACGAUUGGUGAGUGUCUACA